UUCAAUCUUGACUGGACUUGGAAGUCUUGCCCGUAGUUAGGGGGGAACAGAAGACAUCAACUCUAACUUUUUUCUCGUUAAUGAAGAUCACGAUUCAUGGCUCCGCAAUCUUAAGUAUAUAUACUAAUAAGUCACUUUCUUUCAGUCAAGCAAGAGUUGAUGGUUUGGAUUUCAGAAAACGUGCACGGAUAUUUUGACUUAAGAGGGUAUACCAAGUCUAACUGACAAAAAAUAAUACGUGGCUUGUUUGUCCCACCUUUUAGUACUAUAUAUAUAUACACAGCUAUAUCAUAGUAGCGAAUAGAGCGAGCAUUCGAGGCACUAAUAAAUUUUGAAAACAAGAAUUGGGACUUGCUAGAACUUCAUUUAGCAAAAGCUAGAAUGGAUAGUAAGCUAUUUGAUGCUUCACGAACAGGAAAUGUUGCGGAGCUGAUGGAGAUAUUAAGAUCUGAUCCUAUUAUCGUUCGUCCCGUUGGUUUGGCUGAUGGUGAUUCCCCGUUGCACCUCGCAUGUUUGGGUGGCCACUUCAACUUUGUGAAAGAACUCCUCAAGUUGAGGAAAGAAUUUGCAGGAGAGCUAAAUCAAAACGGUUUUAGUUGCUUGCACAUUGCUGCUGCCAACGGGGAUCUGCUCAUCGUGAAGGAGAUUUUAAACAUGGACAUUGGGUUGUGCCUUGUUAAAGGAAGGGAGAGAAGGAUUCCUCUUCACUAUGCAAUUAUCAAAGGCAGAGUUGAUGUCAUCAAAGAAUUGCGCUCUGCUAGUGUUGAAUCCAUUGAAGUUGUGACAUCACGGGGAGAAACCGCGCUUCACCUUGCUGUUAAGAAUGGUCAGUUUGAAGCACUUGAAGUGUUGAUCAAGCACAUCAACACGUUCAGUAAAACAGAGGUUUUUAACAAACAGGAUGAGUUGGGAAAUGGUGUCUUGCACCUUGCAGCCGCAAGGAAACAGCACGAGGUGGUUGAUCUUUUGCUGAAUGGGAGCUUAGCAGCAAGUUGGGCAAUUGGAGUGAAUUCUUUGAACAAGAUGGGUUUCACAGCCCUCGAUGUAUUUUCUCUUUCUCAAAGUGAAGCUGGCGAUAGGGAAAUUGAGGACAUUCUUCGACGAGCUGGAGGCCUUAAGGCUGCAGAUUUUGGAGGAAUGCCAGCAACACCAAUCAUAUAUCCUCAAAUUUGUGCAUCAAACAGCCAACAUGGAGUGGUAAUGCCUAGGCAAAAACUCAAGAGUGGGUGGUUUGUAGACUUCCUGAAGUAUGACAUGGAUAGAGAUGGCGCAGAAUCUGUAAGAGAAGUACUGAUUGUGGUCAUGAUGCUACUAGCUAUGCUCACUUUUCAAGCUGCUAUUAAUCCUCCUGGCAACUUACAGCAGCAACAGCCCAAUUACCAGAUUGAAGCUGAUCCCAACAAGAAUACUAAUGAUAAUGUUAAUGUUGAUCUCUUGAUUCGAUAUUCGUCACACAUAUUCUUGUUUUUCAACUCGCUUGGGUUCUUUAUCAGCCUUCAUGUGUUUCACAUCGUUACAAGGGCAUUUCCCUUGAGAUUUGAGUUGCUAUUAUCUGUUUUUGCACUUGUGAUUACCUACAUCAGUUGCCUACUGAUCAAGCUGCCAAGAUACUUCUGCUAUUAUCUUUGUGUGGGCAUACCAUUCUUGCUUGUCUUUGCUCUCAGCCUGUCACGCUUGGGAGAUUUGCACCCAAGGAAAUUUACAACAGCUACCCAUCCUUCAAUGGUUAACCAAGCUUGAAGAAUUAUUGAAAUGUAUUCUUAGAACUCAUGUAUUUCUCUGUAAAUUCUUUCUGGAGAGUUUUAGGAAUCACAAUGUAUCCAAGUAUGUACAAGUAUAACUGCAGAUGCAAAUCUAAGAAAUAUUUAUAGUGAAAGUAGUAGGUGUACGUAGAACCCACACCCAACACUCUAGGCUCGCCUAGGUGUGUAUAAUUAAGGUUGUUUUCACAACAUGCCAAAUUACAUAGACAUAUAAAAGCAUGGUGCAUAAGAGCCCGUAGGGCCAAAUGAAUAUCUUGAAAGAAUA